AAUCAGCCACAUCAGGGCAGCAUCAGUACCGACUGUGGAGCCGCUCUGUACACGAAACUAAACACAUUACGAUAAAGAUUCCUCCCUCCGUUGGGAUAAUUUUAGACAAACGGACGCAUUUGCACAGCAAUGGGGGCUCUCAGUCGACAGGAGUUUUUUCAGGAGCUGCCCUCUGGCUGCCUGCUUCCAACUGCUCAACAGGGUCUGCAGCAAGUAUGGCAGCUUUUGCUCAUCUGCUUGGUGUGCAGACUGCUAUGGAGAAUUGGCAGACUGCCCUCCUACGUAAAGCAUUUGAGUACAAUUGCAGGUGGCUUUUACACACUCUACCUGUUCUUUGAGCUUCACAUGGUGUGGGUGGUGUUGCUCAGCCUUCUCUGCUACCUCAUCCUCUUCCUAUGCCGACACUCCAGCAGUCGCGGCCCCUUCCUUUCUAUCACUGUACUUAUCUACCUAUUGUUAGGGGAGCUGCAUAUGAUGGACACUAACAGUUGGCACAAAAUGAGAGGCUCGCAGAUGGUAGUUGCCAUGAAGGCGAUCUCUCUUGCCUUUGACUUGGACAAAGGCACUGUGGAGAGUGUACCUUCCCCAGUGGAGUUUAUGGGUUAUGUUUACUUUGUGGGAACGGUUAUAUUUGGGCCUUGGAUCAGCUUCAACAGCUACAGGGAAGCAGUAGAAAGCCGGAAACUUAGUAUGUCCUGGUUUAUGAAGGUGAUCUGCAGCUGGAUGAAGAGUCAGCUCUGCCUGGUUGUCUCCAACUGUGUCGCUCCCUAUCUCUUCCCUUACUUUAUCCCAAUCAUGGGAGACAGACUACUUUGCAAUAAGAAGAGGCGAAAAAUCAGAGGCUCUGUUGCAAGGUGGUUGCUGGCCUAUGAAAACACAAUGUCCUUCCAUUUUAGUAACUACUUUGUGAGUUACUUCAGUGAAACCACCACUACACUGGCAGGUGCUGGCUUCACAGAAGAGAAGGAUCACCUUAAGUGGGAUCUUGCAGUAGCUAAACCACUAAAUGUAGAGUUUCCAAGGUCUAUGGUGGAGGUUGUAACUUCUUGGAAUCAGCCCAUGUCUCGCUGGCUCAAUACCUAUGUGUUCAGGAAGGCUCUGAAACUUGGUACAUUUCAGGCUGUCCUCCUCACCUAUACAGCCAGCACUUUGCUGCAUGGAUUAAGCUUCCACAUUGGAGCAGUGUUAGUAACCCUCGGCUUCAUGACAUAUAUUGAGCAUGUGUUGAGGAAAAGGUUGUCCACCAUCUUAAAUGCGUGUGUCCUCUCAAAGAGAUGCCCACCAGAUUGCAAACACCAAAAUAAGAAGGCAUUUUGGGUGUACUUUAUUAAUGGAAGCUUUAGCGUGCUAGCAGUGAUCCACCUAACCUACCUGGGCUCAGUCUUCGGCUCCAGCACUGAUGAUAUAGACUCAGAUGAGGAUGUCCUGGGCGGUCACACUAUCCAUAAAUGGACAGAGUUGAGUUGGAUCAGUCACUGGGUGACCUUUGGCCUUUGGGUUGUGUACCGCCUUAUUAUGUGAACACUGACACUUGAGCAGACAGAGAAGUUGACUGGAGAAGAGGCAAGUAAUAAACAGACUCAUCAUUUGGACCUGCCAUGGUGGCAGUCCUAGGUCUACAUGACAUCACUGUGAAGUGUAAAUGCACUGGACCGGAGAACAAAAUCCCUAACCAAUCCUAA